CGCCCUGGCCCCGCUCAUUGUCCACAAUAGUAUCCAAGCCGGGCGGGUGCCUUGGGUCGGAGGGCGCCGAGCAGGGGAAGGAGCCUCUCUCUCUCUCGGCUUCUCUUGGGCCCCGCAGGCAAGAUGCCGAUCAAUAAAUCAGAAAAGCCAGACAGGACAGACAAUUCUGAUAAUGUCAAGGUGGUUGUUCGCUGCCGACCUUUCAAUGAGCGAGAGAAGACAAUGUGUUACAAGAUGGCAGUUAAUGUCGAUGAAAUGCGAGGCACAAUUACUGUCCAUAAAACAGAUUCUUCCAAUGAACCUCCAAAGACUUUUACAUUUGAUACUGUUUUUGGACCAGAAAGCAAGCAGCUUGAUGUUUAUAAUUUAACUGCUAGGCCAAUUAUUGAUUCUGUUUUGGAAGGAUAUAAUGGUACCAUUUUUGCUUAUGGACAGACUGGAACAGGAAAGACAUUUACUAUGGAAGGUGUCCGGGCUGUUCCAGAGCUCAGGGGAAUCAUCCCCAAUUCUUUUGCUCAUAUAUUUGGGCACAUUGCAAAGGCUGAAGGGGAUACAAGGUUUUUGGUUCGAGUCUCUUAUUUGGAAAUCUACAAUGAGGAAGUGCGUGACUUGCUGGGGAAGGACCAGACUCAGAGGCUAGAAGUUAAAGAACGACCUGAUGUAGGAGUUUAUAUCAAAGAUCUUUCAGCUUAUGUUGUGAACAAUGCAGAUGACAUGGACAGAAUUAUGACACUUGGCCACAAAAAUCGUUCUGUUGGGGCAACUAAUAUGAAUGAACAUAGUUCCCGUUCCCAUGCUAUCUUUACAAUAACAAUUGAAUGCAGUGAGAAAGGUGUGGAUGGGAAUAUCCAUGUGCGAAUGGGCAAGCUGCACCUAGUAGAUCUUGCGGGAUCAGAAAGGCAAGCAAAAACUGGAGCCACUGGGCAACGACUGAAAGAAGCUACAAAAAUCAACCUUUCUCUCUCUACUCUUGGGAAUGUGAUUUCUGCACUGGUGGAUGGAAAGAGCACUCAUGUGCCUUACCGUAACUCCAAGCUCACUAGACUGCUACAAGAUUCUCUUGGGGGCAACUCAAAGACUAUGAUGUGUGCAAACAUUGGCCCAGCAGACUAUAAUUAUGAUGAGACUAUCAGCACUCUGCGAUAUGCUAACCGUGCCAAGAACAUCAAGAAUAAAGCUAGAAUUAAUGAAGAUCCAAAGGAUGCCUUACUUCGCCAAUUUCAGAAAGAAAUAGAAGAGCUUAAGAAAAAGCUGGAGGAAGGGGAAGAGAUUUCUGGCUCAGAGACCAGCGGCUCUGAAGAGGAGGAAGAUGAGGAUGAUGGGGAGAUUGGUGAAGAUGGAGAAAAGCGAAAAAAACGAAGGGGCAGUAGCAGCAGCAGUAGUUCAGACUCUACAUGCUCUGUCAUAGAAAAACCUCUGGACAAAUCCUUCACUAAUCAAGCAGGAAAGAAGAAAGUUUCACCUGACAAGAUGAUGGAGAUGCAAGCCAAGAUAGAUGAAGAAAGGAAAGCCCUUGAAACGAAGCUUGAUAUGGAAGAGGAAGAAAGAAAUAAAGCCCGGGCAGAGCUUGAAAAGAGGGAGAAAGACCUACUUAAAGCACAGCAGGAACAUCAGUCUCUGCUGGAGAAGCUGUCAGCCUUGGAGAAAAAAGUGAUUGUGGGAGGUGUGGACUUGCUAGCUAAAGCAGAGGAGCAGGAGAAGCUUCUAGAAGAAUCUAACAUGGAGCUUGAAGAACGAAGGAAAAGAGCAGAGCAGCUCCGUAAGGAACUUGAGGAGAAAGAGCAAGAGCGUUUAGACAUUGAGGAAAAGUACACCAGCCUUCAGGAAGAAGCACAAGGAAAGACCAAGAAACUAAAGAAAGUCUGGACAAUGCUAAUGGCAGCAAAAUCAGAGAUGGCAGAUCUACAGCAGGAACAUCAGAGAGAAAUUGAAGGCUUGCUGGAGAACAUCCGACAGCUCAGCAGAGAGUUGCGUCUUCAGAUGCUCAUCAUUGACAACUUCAUACCUCAGGACUAUCAGGAAAUGAUUGAAAACUAUGUCCACUGGAAUGAAGAUAUUGGAGAAUGGCAGCUGAAAUGUGUUGCAUAUACCGGGAAUAACAUGAGAAAGCAGACUCCAGUACCUGAUAAAAAAGAAAAAGAUCCUUUUGAAGUGGAUCUUUCCCAUGUAUAUCUGGCUUACACGGAAGAGAGCUUGAGACAGUCUUUGAUGAAACUAGAAAGACCAAGAACUUCAAAAGGACGAUCAAGGCCCAAAACUGGCAGAAGAAAACGUUCUGCAAAAUCAGGAGCUGUGAUUGAUUCCUUACUUCAGUAGACUGAAACAAUGUGAUUGCAACAAAGAUUAGCCUGUGGCUUAAUGUGUGGUCAAAUUAUACAGAUUCUCAGUUCUGGAAUUCACAGAAGAAUUUUGAAAUGUUGUUGGCACAGAGGUAGUUAUAAAGGCCUGCAGUUGUGACUUGAGAGAAAGUACAUACAUUUUGUUUGAUUUACCAUUAUGCCAUUGUUUACACUAACAUAACAUGUUUAAUCUAAGAUAUAUGGUGACAGUAAACUUGUUAUUGUUACUAAUGUUGCUCCAGACAUUACACAGAAGAAGCUGUUGAGGAUACCCUGUGUUUAAAAUGGCAUGUAUAGAAUGGAGAAGUUUGUGUGUGCAUGCGUGUCUAAUUUUAAAACACAUUAGCUCUGUUCUAAGUAGAUGACCAGAAUUUCAUACCUGAUAUAUAUACUUUUGCUUUAUACAUUGUCAUUUGUCACUUGUGUUGUUCUGUGCUUGCAGUAUUGCAGACUACUGCUUUUCUUUUUCAGGAGUGGUAACUGCAGAGUCCUGGAAUAUUCUGAAUCCCCUUCUGUCCUAAGUGUCCUCUCCUAUAUCUGUACAAAUAACUUCCAGUUCCUUUAGCAUGUACAUAAUAUGCACAGUCGUAGCUCAUUGUUAUUUUACAUAGACUGAUUGUUGCAAACCAAGGUGAAGGGAGGCUUCUCUUUAGGAGUCCUUAAGUAUGCAUUCUGUUUCAAAUGGACCAUUCCUGAUUCUGGGAACAAAUCACUUAGCACUUAUGUUUCAUUUUUACCGAGGUACUCAAAGUUCCCGUUGAAGGUAGAUGGGAGUAGUGCUAGGCGCUCAUGCAUAUUGCCUUUGACCUCAAGAAGAAACAUGAAUUCAUAUUAGCAGUCACUUGCAGGCAGUAUUUCAUGGUGGAAAGCCUUGUUGUGUUUUUAUUGCUGCAGACAAGUCCUUCAGGAGAGGAUUUUGAUCACAAGUAAAACCUAACUUGUACUUGCAAGAAUACUGACAAGAAUCCAUGUUGGGUUUGCUGUAGGGCAAGGUGGGAGUCAUGCAGCAUUUCAGGUGUUACUGGAUUGCAACACCCAGCAGUCCUAGCCAGAAUAACCGAUGGUGAGGAACACUGGGCAUUACAGUCCAGAAACAUGAUGCUCACUCCUGUUGUUGGGCCUAGCUCACCUAGAAACAGAAAAAGAUGUACUUCUUUUUCUGUAAUGCAACUGGAGGAUUUUGGAUGUAGUGAAGUUACUAAACCAACUCACUUGGGGGUUUUAUUCCUGCAUAGACCUCAGCAAUGCACACCACUUCUUUACCCCUAGCCCCCCUUCCUUCUGCCUCACCCCAGACAUUUUUUGCAUUCUUGGCUCUAAAUCAUCUUUUCCUAACCUGGUGCCUGACAGAUAGUGGGAUUACAACUCAUAUAAUCUCCAGGCACCACACCUUGUAGAUUGACAAUAUGGGAUAUGUAAUCCCAACACAUCUGGAGGGCUGCAGGAUAGGGAAGUCUUUCCAAAAUCACCUAAAUCAAAUAGUUUUGAAGGAGUUAAUCUGGAAAUAUAUUAGAAAAUGCUAUUGGGCUCACUUCUUUGAUAGUGAAGAAACAACAGACAUCCCCCUAGAAUGUGAAGAACCAUUCCAUUGCUGCUGAACCUGGGAGUCAGGUAGUUCUUUAGUCAUUCCUGUUUUGAAAUCUUUUUUUUUCUUCAUCAUCAUUCCAUAUAUUUACUUGGAAUAAGCUUAUUCUUCAAACCCGGUUUCUAAUUUUGGGAGAUCUGUUGAUUCCCCAGCUAAUAUAUUCUGUUACAUAUACAUAAUGUCCUGGCUGCUGGGUGUAUCUGUUACUUUAUGUACUUUAUUUAACACUAUACUCUACAAUGGCUGAUACAGAAAGCUCCAGACUAGAAUAAUUGUACUUAUACUUUGGUAACAGGAUGUGCAAUUGACAGUGGAUAAGUUAACUACAAUGCUUCCCCUGUUUACUGCUGUACAAUUUCAGCUAUAUGUCAGCUGAAGAAAAAGUGAUUAUAAAUAUGGACUAUGUAAUUUGGUAGAGAAUGAAGGUGAAAAAGACCCCCUUCAGAAUUCAUAGUUGGGUUAAAGCAUCCUUCCCCAUCAACUGUACUGUGGACUGAAGAUACAAAUGUGUUGGCUUAUGUUGUGGUGGUUGUGCAUAAAAAGCUUAGUCAGAUAAUUUUGUUUGAAUGGGGUGGUUUCUUUCUUUUUUUUAAAUCAGUAUGUAUUACUGAAUAGUUAGGUGGCAAAGGAAUUAAUAUCUUGGACCUUGUAGCUGAUUGCAUUAGAACCCUUAUCUUUAGUAACUACUCUAAAGAGUGCAAAGACCUCUUUGCUGCUAUACUAUGCUCUGUAGUAAAAAGUCAUAGUGGAACUUGCCAGGAACCUGAAGUGAAGAAGAAUCUAUUGUAAGCACUGCUCCUGUGUUUCAUUAGCAUGUUUCUGGGUGUAUCAAUACAAAACUGAAAGCUGUCUUGAGUUUUGAUUAUUUCUUGUUUGCUGAAUUAGAAAUUCUUCAAUCCUUGCUUUACUGCUCUCAGCAAAGUUGUCUCACAGUGGUUGUCAAAAGGGAAAGUCUCCAAGCAAGCAUUUGUACAACCUGACAACCCACUGAUGGCUCCACAAUGGUAUGUUUCACAAUGCAGUGAUUCUCAUCUUUUGGUCCUCUUGAUCUUUCAGACCUUGACUCCCAGAAGCUUCAGCCAAACACCCCAAUAGUAAGUUUAAGGAGGACCCCCACUGAUUUGACUUUUU